UUGGCUUACCAUGCAUAAUUCUUGUGGUUAUAGUAAGUCUUGUAAAUCUCUUCCUGUUUUCUUUGUAUCUCUUUUCCCAUGGUACAUCAUCCUCAUAACCUCACCCUACCAACAGGUGCCUCCAUUUCGGAUCAGCACAGAAAGAAAAAUAAUCUCAACUUUAAAACUUUUUGUAAAGUUUACACAUCAAUUCUAAGAUGGUGUAGGCUUAAGAAAUCAUCAUCAUUAGCACCGCCGCCCCCUCCGUCUUCUUCAUCUUCAAAAAAGUCGCGUUCUUCUUCCGGCAAAAGAGAAUCCCGAGCCACCCGCGAAUCAAGCCAGGAGGUGGGAGAAGAAAUAGAAAAGGAGGGGACAAUGAAUAGCUGUAGAGUGCAAAGUCAUGCUAGAUCUGGAGGAUUAUACAAGCAUAAAAAGGUCGAUAAUUGUUUUCCGAACGUAUCAGCGCCUUUAUCAAGAACCGGGAGUAGAAGAAGCACAUCACCAUCACCGUCCUUUAUGUAUAGAAGCAUGAGCCGUGGAAGCAUUGACUCGAGUUACGGCUUCUCUUCAUCUCUUUCGAGAAAUGCAAGCAAGAGAAGCACAACUCCUAUCAUGUUUUCAAAUUCGACAGGGUUGAUGAAACCUCCCCCGGUUCAAAAAUAUCUCGAGUGCAGCCUCGACGACUUGUCACGUGGAUGCAAGAAGAAAAUUAAGGUUACAAGAGACGUCGUUACUAAUACAGGGCAAAUAGUUGAAGAAGAGGAAAUACUAACAAUAGACAUAAAGCCAGGAUGGAAAAAAGGAACAAAGAUAACAUUUCAGGGAAUGGGAAAUGAGAGACCUGGAACAUCUCCAGCAGACAUAACUUUUGUUAUAGCUGAGAAAAGACAUCCUCUGUUUCGGAGAGAAGGAGAUGAUUUGGAGAUAGCUGUAGAAAUUCCAUUAGUAAAAGCACUCACAGGCUGUGACAUUUCGAUCCCUUUGCUGGGCGGCGAAACCACAACUUUGAUGAUUGAUGAUAUUAUUUACCCUGGAUUUGAGAAGAUUAUCAAAGGACAAGGUAUGCCGAAAUCAAAAGAGCUAGGAAAAAGAGGAAACUUGAAAGUAGUUUUUCUAGUCGAGUUUCCAAAAGAACUAACCGAAGAACAACGUUCCAAUGUUCUUAAUAUUCUAGAUGGUUCUAGUUGAGAUUUCAGGUUUGUGUAGGUUCUAAAGACUAAAUUUUCUGUUUGCUGACAACACCUCAUUUUCUCUGGUGCAUCAAUUGUAAAAUAUGCUUAAAAAAACAUGGUUAUCAGACAAAUGGUAGAUCUCUGAUACUGCAAUAUCUGAAACUAAGGCUUGGCUGAAAAAUUAUAUAAGCCAAUCAUGUCGCCGUUCCUGUUUAUGAGGAGAGCAGAAAGUAUAUACAUUUUUCACGAAGAAUUCGGAAAACAUGUACACUUUUGUCAGAUAUCUGUCAAUGAAAACUCGCUCAAUUAUAUCAGGCUGCGCCUGCACUACAAGUGAAAGAAAGAACACCAGAACUUUUUAUUGUAACUUUUAGUCACAGUUCAAUCUCAUAUUUUGGAGCAAAAACUUCAAAAAAUGUAAAUUAUAAAGUUGAAACGUUUAUUUUUUAUUA